UUUUUUCCCAGCUGAACACUUCAAAACGAUUUCGUUUUGACCCCUUUGACCACCAAUACAGUGCUCAGGAAUCACACACUUUUUUGUCUUGGGAAAAUUUGUUUGUUUGUUCUUCACUUCUUGGUUGGUAAUAGUCGCAGUUUUCGACCUUGCAAAUAAAUAGAUAUUUUCUUUUCCGGAUAUCUGUUUUGCCAAAACUGCUUUUGCAAGAAAAGCAAAGCCAUUUUGUGUUAGAGAAACAAGCAAGACUGGUUCUUUGCAGCGUUUUCUUGUAAUUUCUUGCUAAACUGCAGCGUUUUUGUUGGCAUCCCAGAGGACCCUCUUGGUCAAGGGUCUGAAAUCUUGGAGGGGAGAGAGAGUUUGCAUUGAUGGGCCUGCUAUUUUUGAUCAAGCUGGAUUUGGGGUGUGAUUUGGAAGUUGAAUUUUUUUUUUUACUCUCUUUCCUUACUAAUAAUUGCGUGAAAUAAGUUUCAUGGAGCUUCGCGGAAACGACGGCAUUAGUCUUAUUUUAGUUCAUCCUCUUCUGAGUUGUGAAGCUGAUAUGAUUGAUGGUUGGGUUCUUAUACUUGUUCAUGAACACAUAUGUUGUCUUGUUUGAUUCUUGUUCUCAAGAAAGGGUCGAAGCUUCUUCUUUCUUAUCAACUGGGUCUUGAACUGGGGAAAUUGGAUCAGUCUGGACACAGCCAGAAUGAUAAUUCUUGGUAUAUUUCACUGAAACAGAUCGGAAACUAUUAUAAUAUUGUGCUCAGAACUACGAUCAUUUCUACAACUAAUCAAGUGUGCUGUGGUCAAAAGUGGUAUGUGUUCUGCGAUGUCUGAAACUGAAGUUACAGCUCUAAAAGAUACUCUUCAAGCUCAACAAAAACUUUUGCAAAAACUGUACAUUGAGUUGGAUCAGGAAAGAGAAGCUUCGUCAACAGCAGCUAGUGAAGCUCUGUCCAUGAUACUGCGUUUGCAAGAAGAGAAGGCUGCUGUACAGAUGGAAGCAAGUCAAUAUAAGAGACUGGCAGAGGAAAAGAUGUCUUAUGCUGAGAACUCUCUUUCAGUUUUUGAAGAUCUUAUGCAUAAUAAAGAGAUGGAAAUUGCAUCUCUUGAGUUUCAAGUUCAGGCUUAUAGGUGGAAACUUCUUAGCAUGGGUUGUGGUGAUUUGGGUGCCUAUGAAAGUAGAUUUCCGGAUAAUUUGUUUUUGCAAAUGAAUGACUCUUGCAAGGUGGAAACAGGUGUUGAUAGCAUUGUAAGAAGAUGGAAUUCUCUGCCUUCAAUUCAGCCCAAAGAUUCCCACAAGAAGGAAAAUAAUUUGGAAAGAGAAAGAUCUGGGAUCCCCAUGUCAGAUUUGGUUCCAAAUAUAGUGAAGCAAAAUGCAGACCAGGAAAUUAAUGUUCAAAACUUGGAUUUAGAGAAGAGAGCUGGACAUUUCACUAGUGGAACCUUUGAUUUGUACUUGGAGCAGAUCAGAACCUUAGAUGAACAAGUAAAAGAGAUAUCUGAUUGCAAAGUUUCUGGAAAACCUAAUUCUGCAAGUUUGAAGAGUGAGAAUCCACAAGAAAGCAUUGGCAAAAUAUGUGACCAAACAUGUGGAGAAAGUAUUACUAAACAGGAUCAAGUCAAACUUCAUGAACAUAUACUGGAAAGGGAGACAAUUGUUAGUUCUUCUUUUUCCUCAAAUGUCCAGGAUAUUUUUGAAGUCCCACAAAAUAAUGGAAAUUGCAAAGCACUUGAACAAUGGAAAAAAGAACAGAGUAAGCCGAUCUUGGAAGGUGAGAACAGGCUAGGAAAGCCAGAUUUGGUUGCUGGGGAUACCUUUCAAUUGAAUAUGAAAGAGGCAAAGAAAAUUUUGCUAUGUGCAAACAAUGAUAACAAAUUAUGUAAAGCAAGAAAUGAAGUAGGUGUUGCCUGCAAUAUGGCUUUUAUUGACCCAAGAACGGGUGUUUCUGAAUCUCAAGCCAAUUUUCAACAGUUGUCUCAGCGAAUUGAACAGCUUGAGGGAGAGAGAAUUUGUUUCAGGCAAGAAAUUAAUGAGGCAGGGGACAAGGAGUUGAAGUUCCUAAAGGAGAUACGUGAGCAGCUUAAUAUGAUACAGUCCGAGUUGAAAAGUUGGAGAACUACACCAAUCAAAACAAGAAGUUCGAGAUCUAAGAAAUCCCCUCCACAAGAUCAGCAACCUCUGCAUUCUAUUACUGAGGCAAUGCUAUACUUUUGGAUUUAAGAAAUUUGGCAGCAUCUCAGAUGAGAACCAAUAACUUCUGUGCUUUGGUGAUGAUCUGCGGAAUGGAGGAUUGAGGAAGAGUGUCUUCGAUCUUUCCAAUGAAUGGUGUGAAUAAACAGUUCUAGGUUUUUGUAUUUGAUUGAGAUCUCUUUCAUACAAAAAGAAAAUUCAUGUACUCUACACAUUUUCCUUAAGCAAGAACUGCCUUUCACAGGAUUAUAUAUAGCAUACACUUUUUUUUUUU